UGUUUAAUAGAACAUAACCGCGGAGUAAGAUUGGUGUAAAAAAUGGGUCACGGAGAGCGCAAAAAACGAUCGCUUGGAAUGUUCCCCCCAAAUUUCUAUCCUCGGCGGUCGGAUGUUUCUUGUUGCGUCGUAUAUUUUUGGCAUUAAAUUACUCUCUCAUUAUUUUCUUCUUUCGAAUCCCUUGCCUUGCGUUUUGUCUAACAGCUGCAAUGCAUCAGUAAUCGAUCAGCAUCUCUGUUCGUUAAAAGCUGCUUGCCAAAGACCCACUUAUCACUAGUUCCAAGUUCCAACUCCGUCCCGUGUGUUGUUCUAUAUCUUUCUUUCAAUCUGUAUACAAUUCGCGAAUAAUACGUGUAGAUCGAUCGACCGAAGUGGCGUUUCUGUUUUCGAUAAAAUUUCGAUCAUCUCGCUGCGGAUAUUGAAGGGAAGGGAAGAUGCAGACACUUUUGAAGAAGCCCAAAUUGGAAAAACACAGCAACAAGUAUGAGGAGAAGGUGCACGACGAGAAUGGAAAAGGGGUUGAUGAGGAGGAGGAGGACCUAAGGGAAACAGAAGAAUGCCUGGUGGCUCUACUCCAACACAGGACUCUCGAGGUUGACAAUAUCAAACGCAAGAUUGAUUAUUAUCAAUCACAGCUGGAAGGAGCUCAGAAGAAACUGCUUGACGCAAAAUCUUCAUUAGCUUGCCACAAGGCUCGGCAUGAUGUGGAGAGUUCCAAAAGUGCUACUAGUGAUGAUAUUGGAAAAGUGAAAGUAGAGCCUAAGUCGUCAGCAACCCCAAGUCCAAUGCAUGUUGAUGAAGGUCAUACUCAAAAUCAACCCCAGCUCAGACCUCAACUCGUUAUUCCUGCAGCAAACUUAAAUAUGGGAGAAGCAAAAAGUUUGGCAGACCCCAGUAUGAAAGUGCCCAGUGUUUCUGGUGUUAGGAGUGCCACCUCCAGCUCUAAGCGUCUGUCUGAUACUCCAGGAAAGCUGAAAGGUGAUAUGACCUCGUGCAAAAAUUCUUCUGAGAAGACAAUCUCUAAUUCGAAUGAUAAACAGGCAAGCAGGAAAUUACAGCAAAGAGUACAUAAAGACUUGAUAUCAUCCAUCCGUACGGCUGCAUCACCACAUAUAAUCCGCUUCCAGACUGCAACCCUCAUCUCCAACCAGGGUAGAAGAAAGAUGAGAAGUAUUGCUUUGAAUCCAUUCAAUGAUAAGCUCUUUGUGACAAGUUCUUUGGAUGGUGUUGUGAAACUGUGGGAAGUUCAGGCAAAGGGAUCUAGCACUUCACUGCUUAGUUCAAGAGACUGUCUAUCCGCUAAAAGGAGGUGGCCGGAGGACAUAACCUGGCACCCUGAUGGUGAUAGCUUAUUCUCUGUGUACACUGCAGAUGAUGGGGACUCUCAAGUAUCAGUUCUGAAUUUGAAUUCAUCAAAGAACGAAGUGACUUAUUUAAAAGAAAAGCCUCAUCUCAGGGGAAUAAUAAACAACAUAAUAUUCAUGCCUUGGGGUGAUCCAUGUUUUGCAACUAGUGGAAGUGACCAUGCUGUAAUACUUUGGAAUGAGAAAGAUGGUGAUAAUGUAUGGAAACCGAAGGUGUUGCACAGGAACCUGCAUUCUUCUGCCGUCAUGGGUGUUGCUGGGAUGCAAAACAGGCAAAUAAUACUCUCUGCAGGUGCAGACAAAAGAGUUAUUGGAUUUGAUCUUCAGACAUCGAGGGCUGAUUAUAAGAUGCAGGGCGAUAACAAAUGUAUGGGUAUUCUGCCCAAUCCUUCGGACUUCAACCUAUUCAUGGUGCAAACAGGGACCCCGCAGAAGCAACUUCACCUAUAUGACAUACGGGUGAGGCAACGGGAGAUCCAUGCAUUUGGAUGGAAGCAAAUAAGCAGCGACUCCCAGUCUGCGCUCAUAAAUCAGGCAUGGUCCCCUGAUGGCUGGUACAUCUCUUCUGGCUCAACUGAUCCCAUGAUACAUAUUUUUGAUAUCAGAUACAAUUCUAGUCAGCCUUGUCAAUCUGUGAAAGCUCAUCAGAAGCGAGUUCUCAGGGCUGCAUGGCACCAUUCCCUCCCCCUUUUGAUAUCCAUAUCUUCUGAUCUUCACAUUGGAAUACACAAAAUCAAUCAAUGAGGAGCUUCCUACUGUGGUGUAACAAUUCAGUUCUUGGCUCAAUUAUAGUGAAAGUAGCACGUUGUUGGGGAAACCCUAGUGUUGUCACCCAAUUCAGUUCUUGGCUCAAUUACAGUGAAAGUAGCAUGUUGUUGGGGAAAGCCUGGAGAUAUAAGAGUCAUGUUCCUUCACGGGGACAGAUUUUGUUUAUGGCAGAAAGAGAACUGUUCCUAUUUUUGUUAGUUUAGAAAGGUAUAAAUAUUAGGAGCACUGUAAUAAUUUUGUGGGACUUAGGAGAGAUUCUCUGCUGGUGCUUGAAAAAGGAUCUGAUGCCGUAGAAAUCUUCCUUGUUUUUUCAUGGUGCCUCUUUGUGUCAUAUUAUUGUAUAUUGUAUUCACGAAGCUACUUACAUGGCCUGUAAAAGGAAGAUAUUUAUUUA